AUGGCUGCCUCAAUGGAUUUAGAUCUCGAGAAGCCAGAGGUAUCAAGCUUCAAGGAUGAAGCUAGCCUACAAGAAGAUAGAAUAAAAAUAGAACGGGGUAUCGACACCCACGCCGAACAUGCCUCCAAUUCCGAUACGGCAAGCAACGAAGACAAACCAAAGCUACAAACCGGCGGCAAGCCCGAACUAACAGAAGACGACUGCUACAACAAGCUCGGCUUCUGCUUCCCAACAUGGAAGAAAUGGACUAUACUUUCCGUCAUAUUUGUGGUUCAGAUGUCCAUGAACUUCAACACAGGCGUCUACGCCAACGCCGUCACCGGUCUAACUGAAGAAUUCCACAUCAGCGAACAAGCCGCACGAGUCGGACAGAGUGUAUUCCUAGUUGCAUACGCAUUCGGAUGUGAGCUCUGGGCACCAUGGAGCGAAGAAUUCGGCCGCUGGCCCAUAAUGCAGCUCUCGCUAUUCCUCGUGAAUAUCUGGCAAAUCCCAUGCGCCCUCGCACCCAACUACGGCACGAUUGUCGUGUGCCGUAUCCUCGGCGGUCUCAGUUCCGCCGGAGGCUCAGUUACCCUCGGUAUGACAGCCGAUAUGUGGGAAGCCGAUGACCAAGGCUACGCGGUAGCCUUUGUUGUUCUCUCCUCGGUGGGCGGGUCAACCGUCGGGCCCUUCUUCGGUGGAAUGAUCGGGGAGUGGCUAACAUGGCACUGGGUAUUCUGGAUCCAAUUAAUUGUCGGAGCGGUAACCCAGAUACUGCACUUUUUCAUCGUACCGGAAACCCGCACGACAAUCCUAAUCGAUCGCGAAGCCAAACGCCGCCGCAAGAAUGGAGAGGAUAUAUGGGGUCCGAACGAACUCAAAACCCCUCGUCUAGACUACCACGAUGUCCUACGAAUCUGGAUCCGGCCGUUCGAGAUGUUCAUUCGCGAACCAAUCGUCCUCUUCCUCUCCCUCCUCUCCGGUUUCUCGGACGCCCUAAUCUUCGUCUUCACCGAGUCCUUCACACUAGUCUUCAAACAAUGGUCCUUCAGCGUUCUAGCGGUCGGUAUGACCUUUGCCUCAAUCCUCAUCGGAUACGUAAUAGCAUACAUAAUCUUCCUACCGGACAUCCACAGACAAAUCCAAACACGACGUAAAUAUGGCGCCGCAAGCCGUCUUGCCGAGCGUCGUCUCCUCCUCCUCCUUUUCAUCGCACCACUCGAACCAAUCGGUCUUCUCGGUUUUGCAUGGACAUCAACCGGUCCGCCAAUCCCUUGGAUAGCGCCAUGCAUCUUCGCCUGUCUAAUCGCAAUGGCGAACUACGCAAUCUACAUGGCGACUAUAGACUACAUGGUUGCGGCGUACGGACCGUAUUCUGCGUCUGCGACGGGUGGUAACGGCUUUGCGAGAGACUUCCUUGCUGGUAUUGCGACGAUGUAUGCCACGCCCAUGUACCAGAACAUGGGGAGCAAGUAUCAUCUCCAGUGGGCGAGUACGCUGCUGGGAUGUGUGGGGUUCUUGGUUUUGAUUCCGAUUUAUGUCUUCUACUGGAAGGGUCCGGAGAUUCGGGCAAAGAGUAAAUUUGCGCAGCAGCUUGCUGCUGAUCGGGAUAGACAUACAGAGAGUAGGAGAGGUAGUCGGGCGAGGGCUUCGAUUGGAGAGUAG